AUCAGCUCUUCCAUCGCUUUGAAUUGCCCUUUCGGGAGUGUUUUUGUGAUGUUUGAAUGAGUUGGGGGAGGAUUGAAUUGCGCAAUAAUUUUACAUGGAUUACGCUGAGGGUGUAGGUUUUCGUGGAUGUGAUAGGAAGUUUGUUUGUGUGAGGAGGGUUUGGUGAAUGAGCCUUUGGGUGGAGAUUCUGAGUGGAAUGGUUUUUUGCCUCAAUGGGUGAAAUCUUAUCUUCGAAGUACCUCGUGGGGUACCCCUGUGCGUGCAGCAAGAAGCUACUGGACCAAGAGGAAGUUAGUCAAGUCGCACAGAUUGAUGCGGAGCGGGGUCUUACACCCGAGGAUGUGAAACUGAUGAAGAUACAAUUUUCGUCUUAUAUCAAAACGAUAGGGGGACAUGCUAAAGUUCGUCAACGGGUUGUUGCAACUGCCAUCGCGUAUUUUAGGAGAAUUUAUACCAGGAAAAGUUUCUCGGAAUUUGAUCCGCGGUUAGUUGCCCCGACAUGUCUGUACCUGGCCUCCAAAGCAGAAGAAAGCACAGUGCAGGCUAAGAUUCUUGUUUUCUACUCAAAGAAAAUCCGAGGAACCUUCUCUUAUCUCUACACUUCUCCAGAGGAUAAAGCAUAUCGGUAUGAUGUUAAGGACAUCCUUGAGAUGGAGAUGAGGCUACUGGAAGCAUUGGAUUACUACCUUGUCAUCUAUCACCCUUACCGUCCCCUCAUCCAACUGCUGCAAGAUUGCAACAUGCCGACGGAAAUGACUCCAUUUACAUGGUCACUAGUUAACGAUUCCUACAGAACUGACCUCAUUCUCAUGUACCCACCCUUCAUGAUUGCACUUGCAUGCAUCUACAUCGCCAGUGUGCUCAACGAAAAGGACACAAGGUCAUGGUUCGAAGAGCUACGUGUUGACAUGAAUGUGAUCAAAAAUAUUGCGAUGGAAAUCUUGGACUUUUACGAUAACUACCGGGAUAUACCCGGUGAGCGAAUCAAUGCUGCUGUGAGCAAACUGCCACACCGACCGUAAGAAUUCAGCUGCAUAGCUUCGGCUUCAGAGUUACUAAAUUCAUGCUGCGUCCAAUUGUAAAUAUAAACAUUUUUGUCCUGAACGCCCAGGAUGCGAUCGUUGUGAACUGAAAGUUGUGGGCAGGUUGUUUCAAGAUUCGUUUAAUCAACAAUAGUUCAUGGUGGGAGUGGCAACUAUCGCAAUUCCAGCAUCGCAUUGCUUUUGUUGGCAGUCUUGCAAUGUGCGUCGUAUUUUGACGCUCGUGUCAUUUCACCAUUAGGUGUCUUUACGAAGAGCACAUCUGGCUGCGAAGGGUAUUCCUUGAAGGUAGGGUCAAUUAAGGUGACUUAAAAGGGUAGUUGGGGAAUUCACAUCGAAGUAUCUGUGACAUGAAUUUCUCCCUCAUGAAUAUGUAAAGCAUGUUCUGCAACCACUUCACCGUA